AUGACGAUUAGCGAGACGGAAGUAACUCCCAUCUCACCAUCCAAGACGACGUCAAGUCGCGAGCGGGCGCGACGCCGUUGGGUGACGGUAGAACCCGUCGUAUCCCUGACGGUAGUCGGUUACAUCACCAUCGGUCUACUCAGACCAUUCUACCUGAAGAGCCGUCUAGGGGAAUUGAUGUUCAACAUCACAGAGCAAGAAGAGAUUGCCAAGUGUCAAGCCAACAAAUCCGAUGGUGGUGUCACAGAGGAUGAGAUCCAAUCAGAAGCUUCGCUGUGGCUGUUGUAUUUGUCUGCAGCUACAAAUAUACCCGUUGUAGUGAGUUCAAUUGUGAUUGGUACCUUAAGCGAUCGUCUGGGUCGGAAGUUAAGUUUGGUAAUGGCAAUAAUUGGCUACAUCUGUCAAGAGAUCGUGUAUAUCCUAACCGUCUACUACAAACUCCCUCUUCCAGUUCUCUUAGUUGGUGACUUCUUGCAAGGAGUGGGUGGGGGCUUCAUGACGCUGUUCGCUGGUUGCAUAUCGUAUAUCAGCGACAUUACGUUAGAAAAGCAGAGAACCAUACGAAUCGCAGUUGUAGAGAUGAUGAUGUUUUUCAUGGGUGGUGUUGUUCAAGUUGGUGCCGGUUACCUGUUGAGCGCUUUUGGUCCCAUCCCGCCUCUAGCGGUGGCAUUGGGGCUUAAUGUCCUGUGCCUGAUGUAUGUCGCCAUUCCAGGUAUUCUGAUCGAAACUGUAGAUCGUAAUACCAUUCCCGAACAUCGUAAAGGGUUCAAGGAUGCUGGUAUGAGCGUGGUCAAGCUUCUCAAGUUCAACGAGAAUGGCCGUCGAUGGCAGAUGCUUCUUCUAAACUUCUUUAUCUUCUUUGUUAUGUUGAACGUUAACGGAGUCAUGACUAUCUUUAUCCUGUAUGGUACGGCCGAACCGUUCUGCUGGUCAGCUGUUACCGCUGGAUUGGCCGGAGCGUUUGGUUUUAUUACUGGAUCGAUUGGAAUGGUGGCUGGUACCAAACUGUUUUCCUUCUGCUUGGGCGAGUACUGGAUUAUGCAAAUCAGCUGCUUGAGUCUUCUUGCUUUCAACGUUGUGAUGAGCGUUUCGAAUACGACAUUGCUGGUCUUCAUUGCGAAUGCCGUAGGUGCUCUACGGGGUAUGGGAGUUCCGAUCGCACGAUCAGUCCUGUCAACGAUCGUAGAUCCAAGUGAAAUUGGUGCAGCCUUUUCCAUCGUUGCCUGCAUAGAUAACUUAUCAAGUUUCACAUCGAGCCUGAUGAUUCCUAGCAUCUAUGCAACUACUGUGUCAUUCAUGCCCCAGGUUAUCUUCUAUGUGCUAUCCGGUUUGUCCAUCAUCCCCAGUGGGAUUAUUUUAAUAUUGCAGAUCCACUGGCCGCGAAGGAAAGACUACAAAGCACUCGAGGACAGCGGUAUCUACGAGGAUGGUCCAAGAGAAGAGGAUUUGAAAGAAAAAGCCGCCACCACCUACAUGAGUAUUCCGAAAACAGUACAAAUUAAGGAAAGCACAGAUUUCUGAAGACGUCGACGGAAUAAGUCUUAAUCUUGAACGAAAGGGGGCGAUUUAGGGAAUAAACAGACGUGUAUCCAAGGUUACUGACGUAUGCAUGCUGCUUUUUUACAAUCUGUACUUUUAGA